UCUUGCUUACUGUCCACAUUUGUGCCGGCCCGAAGUUUGUUAUAUCUUUAUAAUAAACUUGAUAUUCGUAGUUUGGUGGUGCAUUGCAUAUUUUAAUUAUUUAACUUUUUCGUGUUUUUGCUUCAGAGAAGAGACUGAAUUUCAUAAACAAUGGCCUCGCUAUUACAACAAAAGCCCAAAAGUGAAAUGACACCUGAGGAAUUAGCAAAAAGAGAAGAGGAAGAAUUCAAUACUGGACCAUUGUCUGUGUUAACUCAGUCUGUAAAAAAUAAUACUCAAGUCUUGAUUAACUGUCGCAACAACAAAAAGCUUUUAGGAAGAGUGAAGGCUUUUGACAGACACUGCAACAUGGUUCUUGAAAAUGUAAAGGAGAUGUGGAUGGAAAUGCCUAGAACUGGAAAGGGAAAGAAGAAGGCCAAGCCUGUUAGUAAAGAUCGUUUCAUUUCAAAAAUGUUCCUUAGGGGUGAUUCGGUGAUUCUUGUGUUGAGAAACCCAAUGCCAGCCCAAAAGUCUUGAAUAGACUUCUCACUUCAUAAACAUCUGUAUUUUACGUUCACAAUAAAAGUUCCACGUUUUUUA